AUGACUUACAGCGAGUUCAACGCUGCGGUUGCCGCUGCCUGCAGAGAAAACGAGAUCAAGAAGUUUCGAGAGCUGUGGGAGUUCAUCAGCACAGUGCGCAGUGAAAAUCAUCCCACCUUCGAUGACAACUUAGUCAUGGAGAACUGCAUCAAGCACCUCAAAUAUGCCUUUCGUCACUCUGUGACGCCUUGGCGGGAGUUGGGGGUUCGGGUCAGUCGCACCUUCUUCCACAACAGACAGGCUCGCGAGAAGCUUGUCCAGCUUGACUUUGUAGGCUCCAUGAUGCUCCUCACGAUGCCCAAAGAAGGCGCAGAGGAUCUGGAGGAGGAAGAGCAGGACCAGACACCAGGUCUUCAAGAGGGCGAUAGCGCAGAGGAACACCGCUUUCAGCUCCUCGCUGCUGAGACAAUCCUGGAGAUGGCAGACUAUCCGGAGUUCAUGCCAUCUUUGUGUUCCACGAGCGUCUUGAAUUUUCUCUGCAUAGCUCUGAAUCAGGUUCCUGCGGCUGUUGAAAUCGCUACGCACACCUUUGUGAAAAUCUCAGCAGAUCCGCAGAAUCUGCCAGUUUUCCUGAGUGGUUCCGUCGGUGACAUUCUGGAGUCGUUUUUCAAAUCGACGAACUACUUGCGCCCGAGUGAUGGCAGCAGCGUUGCACGGAUGGGGCAAUGGGCCAGAGACAUCUCUGCUAUGGCUCACUGUGCCCAUACCAUGGGCACGAUGAUCAAGUACGACCACGCCUGCCAGGUGGAUCUUCGGACCAUCGGCGCCAUUUUUGCGAGCAUGUCUGACAACCUUCGCCUGGUGUCCGAGCUCGCGCGCCUGUUUUAUUGGAUCUGCCGCAAGUCACCCGACCUUUUCGAGACUUUGAUGGAGGCAGCUCCUGGUGUUGGAGGAGUGGAAGGCCUGGAUACCUUGUUGUUUUCCUUGGUGGCUACCUGGAAGCAGUCUGUCGAUCUGCACCAGCGUCUCCGGGCAGCUGCUCGAAGCGAGAGCGGCAGUGGUCUAGAGGAUUUUCUUGUGGAUGAUCUAGACAAGUCUUUUCCCAUUGAGUAUGGUUCGGAAGACUUCACUCACAAAGUUGAGUAUGCCGAGAUGAGGCUCUGCUACAUGAACUGCUUGCUCUGGGUCCUGCUUCCGCAGUGGAAUCUGCGCUGGCGACUCCGGGACUUCGGUUUGCAGGAUCUCUACCUGGCCGUGGAGCUCCGAGAACCGGUUCUUCUGCAGGUCCUCCUCGGCACCAUCCGUCAUCUGCUGGAUCAGGAAUCUGCGCAGACCUGCCACGAGCUCAUCAUCUUCUUCGGCGAACAACUGCUGGGCUUCCUUGACUUGGCCAUCAUUGGAAAGUUUCCCGACAGCCUGAUGCGACUGCUGCUGGACGGCGUCUCCAUUCUUUCCUUCAAUCGUGAAAUGCAGCAGCUGCUAGCAAGCUUCAACAUCUGGGGAAAGCUGAACAGGCUUGUGCGAAAGUAUCGCGAGCGGAACGCUGCAAGAGACCAUCGCAAGAUCGAGUUGGCAGUUCUGCGGGUGAUGUCGCAAGUGGCCGUUCAUCCUGCUCAUCGCCUGGGUCACUUGACGAAAGAGACAGAUCCAGACGAGGUCUACCCCCCAAGGGGCGAGUUUGAGGAGCAGCUGGAAGGCUGGGUGAAACGGAAAGAUGAGCACUGCAAGACGAUCGCCUCCCUGCUCCUGAACAUCUUCAAGGAGCAGAAGUUUCAGAAACAUCCGAGCCAAGUGGAAACAACUUUGAACAGCAUUCUGGAUUGGUGGCAGGUGAACAGCAGUGCCUGCUACGAAGAAGAGCGCGAGGGGACGGACGCUGCGGAGCGCAGCAAAAUGACGGUGGCGGACAGGCUCAAGAUCUGCUUCGCCAGAGCUCAAGAAAAGCGAGCGCUUACCAGCAUGGAGACGAUGCAGCAAUGCGCUCCAUACGAAUGUGUCCUGGUCCUCUCCUUGUUCAGCCGCCUGGCACUGGAGCCCAAGUUCAAAAAGAUGCUCUACGACAACGCGCUGUCGCCGCUUCUUGGAUGUGUCUGUACCGGCUUUUGGGCGGAAGCGCGUGAGGCCGCUGCCACGCUAGCCAAUCUACUUUGGGCACCUGAUGUGGACUACGAGCGCUUGGUUUGCUGGCUGAAGUUCGAUGGAUCCAGGUGCAUCACGGUGGAUGCUGCAAACGUCCUCCUGCCAAUCAAAGCGGGGGAGCCAAAGCCCGUUGAAAUUGGUCAGGGCAUGUACAGCUCGAUGUGGGGGGUUGAGUUUGGCACAGGCUCUUGCUUGACGUUGCAUCCGGACGGCUUGAAGACCUACAAUGUGCCUGGUCUCCUCACUGCAGCCUCUCCGAUGGACACCUUCAAGCAAACGUCACAGAGUCCAUAUCAUUGGCUGGACGAGCCGCCGGACCCGAGACACUUCACAAUUACGUGCUGGUUCCUGUGGCCCCUCAACCAGUCCGAUUCUUCAGAAACAGCCAGAAGCCAGUGCGUCCUCCUGCAAAGCUCUCCGCCAGAAAGGCUCACACAGCUGUAUGUGGACUUCGAGGCGGAUCCAGACGGUGAGGGUGUUUGGACCCUGGUCGACCACACCAGGACUAAGCGCCCGAUCAAGACGCCCCAGCUCCAUCCCGGCUGGCACCUGCUGGCGCUCGUGUCUUCCACGAGCCGCAGCCCUUCACAGCCCUUCGAGGGAACGAAGCUCUUCCUCGACGACUGGUGCAAACAAAUGAAGAACAUUCUGAAUGACUUCUACAUGGUCGGCAACGACUCGGCGGCUGGAGGGCGCAAGCCUUUUGGUAUGAUGGCCGACUUCCGGAUCUACGCUCGCAGCCUUCCAGAUGACCAGGUGAAGGGCAUGGUCGUUGCUACCAACACCGAGGAUCACCCCGAUCGGAUUGCCCGACGCCUGGCGAGUAUGGAUGCUGCGACAGUCCUGGCGCAGCGGUUGGACGUCCCUGACACUGCAGCAGAAUGCUUGCGGGCAUUGGGCAGUCUGGCUACGCUGUCUUCCCAGAGGGCCAAGAUCUUCAAUGUUUGUGGUCGCAAACUCAUGCAGCUGAUGGACUCGCCACUCCCGAUGGUGCAACGUCAGGCGAAGCGCCUCAUUAACAAUCUGGCUUGA